UAAAUAUCAGUGCUCGCAGCAAAGUUUACUAAGAGGUUUAAUAUUCCACACUUCGUGAGGACCUAUUGCUGAAAUCAUUCAUUUCGUGCAAAAAUGGACAAAUUUGUUUUUCUCUUCCUAACUACAGUGCUGGCAUUUAGUACAGUUCUGUCUUCUGAAUUAACCGACCUUCAAGAUGAUUUGGAUUCUCUACCCCAUGUUCGAGUUCGGCGUACAAUUACUGACAAAGAUUUGGGUGGCUUUAUAAAAAUUUGUAAACAGAAUCCUGUGGAUCUAGCCUUUGUGAUUGACGCUUCCAGCAGUAUAUGGCGGAGGAAUUUCACGAUCGGUCUCAAGUUCGUACAGUCCAUGGUGCGCAUGUACGACAUUUCGCCGGAUAUGGUGCGAAUCGCUGUCACAACUUUUGGCGCGGGAGUGUACCAGAGAGCCUCGUUCAGUUUCUCCCGCUUUGAUACCCAAGAAGACGUUUCGGAUUUCAUCGGUAGUAUAUACUACUAUGCUGGAUCUAGGACUGACACGGGUGACGCCAUAGAGCAUAUGAGGAAGAAACAGAUGGUGGAAGCGAGGAAGAAGGUUCCCCAUAUCGCCAUUGUGCUGACUGACGGCAACUCCCAGAGGAAGUAUCACACGAGAGACAUGGCCAAGAGAGCCAGGGAGUCGAACAUCACCAUGAUCGCUAUUGGAGUCGGAUACUAUGUGAAGGACGAAGAACUAAUGAACAUUGCCGGAAACAAGACUCGUGUGUUCAGGGUAGAUAACUACGAGCAGCUUGAGACUAUUAAAGAAGGUCUCACAUACCAAACCUGCUACAAAAAGCCCAAACCAACCACGCCAGCGCCAAAUGCUGAACCCUGUGGAGUAAAGCGUCCCUCAGACAUUAUGUUCGUGAUGGACCAGGUGGCUCUGGGUCAGAAUGGUGUUGGUUGGGCAACCCAGUUCAUGUCACACACCGUAGACCAGGAAGAGAUGGCAAAGGGUAUGAAGAUGGGUUUGCUGAGCGGUGUCUGUCCGUUUGACAGUGGUUUCCCCCUGCGCAAGUUCUCCGCCGCCGUGUCACUGAAGGAGACACUCCACGAGUUCGGAAGUCCCAAACGUCUGUCUCAGCUGGUCGCUCAACUUCCGGCGUCUGAAGAUUACAGGAAGGGUGCCAGGAAAGUCGGAGUUAUCUUUCUUGGUGGGAAAAUGGAUACGAAGGCUUUGCUUGACGAAGUAGAAGAGGCAGCUGCCAGCAAGGUGAAGCUGUUUUUCGCCAACACUGGGGUAGUGAGCCAGGAUCUCCUGGACCAGCUCAGCUUAAAGGGCACAGUCCUGGAGGGACACGGAAGCCGACAGCAGGCCGUAGAACUCACCAGCUCACUCUGUCCAUCAGACGAUUAGAACUUGGCAGUGAACGUCCUGUAAUAUCUACUUCACUGAAACGCCGUGUACUAGUGGUAUGAAGAAUUGUCAUAGUCCAUCGGAUCCAUCUCGUGUGAAUUUAUGUAAUGUCAUCAUAUCACAAACAAACGGAAAUGACAGAAAUAAACAAUUUCACUAAAA